AUGACCCAACCACUCAGGUUGAACGUCGCGCGAGACUCGGACUCAGAAUGCCGCAUUAUCAUCUCCUUUUCACACAAAGCAUCUGCUCGAAAGUAUUAUGAAUAUCUGAAACAAAAGGAAAACUCCAGCGAGAAUCGGAAGUUUGGCGGACUCGCGUUGUCGGAGUACAUUGUUUCUAUGGAACUUCCCUCAGACAUAACCUUGGAGUUUCCUGAGAACUCCAGUGAUGUCGUUCUGGCCUUCGACGAUAAGGACAAAGCGGUGGCAUGGGAAAAAGAGAUGAUACUGUGGGAAAAGAGGAUGAAUCAAACAGAAAAUAGACGAUCCAUUUCAAGGUCCUUGACAGUUGGAGGUCUCAAUGAAAAGAUGGGACGACCACCACCGAUAGGAACAUUCGUUAUCGUUGGGCCCCCGAUGACGAACCGACUCCAACGAUCGCACCGAUUUUUUGCACAUCGGUUCUGA